CUUUACCUGAGAACAUAUAGCUGUAUUGGCAGUGACACAUCGAUCACUGCGAUUGGUCCAUUUGAGGAAUAACGUUUCACAUGAGUAUAUCUACGAAUUCUAUAUGGUUGUGGGGGUAAGCAGAAGAAAGAAGGGGAUAAGGAAAAAAGCUUAGGAGGAUCAGUUAGUUGUCGACAGUCCACUUAUUUAGAUCGUUCUUUUUGUUGUGUAUAAAUUUGUGAUAAAAGUUCUUUAUUUUACCUGAUAAUGGAUAUAACUAAGAACAUACGGGAGAAUGCUGUGGGAGAGUGCCAGUUGACUAUCAGAUUGCUGGAAAUGUUGCAAAGAACGAAAUACGAAUUGGUGCAAGAAAAUGGACAACGCCGUUUAACUGCUCCAGAAAUCAUUCGUGGCGAGAAGCAACGCGUGAAAGGUGCUGAAAUUUUUCUUGGCCGUCUUCCGCGAGAUUGUUACGAGGACGAAUUAAUGCCGAUGCUGGAAACGGUCGGUCGUUUGAUCGAAUUACGAUUGAUGCUCGAUUUUUCUGGAUCAACUCGCGGAUAUGCAUUCGCCUUGUUUGAAAAUUCAAAAAUAGCAAGAAGCGCGUGCGCAAAACUUGACGGUUACGAAAUCAGACAUGGACAUCGCAUCGGCGUUGUUAAAUCGGUUGAUAAUUGUCGAUUGUUCUUCGGUGGUGUACCCAAGAACAAAUGCAAGGAAGAAUUUAUGCAAGAGUUGAAUAAGAUUCUUGAGGGCAUCAUUGAUAUCUAUCUGUAUCCAAGUGCACAUGACAAGACGCUGAAUCGUGGUUUCAUAUUCGUCGAAUUCAAAGAUCAUAGAGCAGCCGCGAUGGCAAGACGAAAGUUAAUACCUGGAAGAGUCAUGUUAUGGGACCAUGAAAUCGCGGUUGAUUGGGCCGACCCUGAACCUGGUGAUCCUAUCGACGAAGAAGUUAUGGAAAAUGUUACUGCUUUAUUUGUACGAAAUUUAUCUUUGAACAUGCCACAACAAAAAAUUCGAGAUAUCUUUCAGAAAAAUACAAAAAUUCCUAUCUUAAAAUUAAAGAAAAUUAAUCAUUUCGCGUUCGUACAUUAUGAAAAUCGUAAAGCAGCACAGAAUGUAAUGGACAUUAUGACAAGACAUAAUGGCGUCGCUGAGGCUGAAGGAUGGGAAAUACGUUGGGCAAAACCAAUCGGAGCCACGAAAGUCUUAGAAAGACAACGAUGUAUCAACGAAGCUCUAGCAAAUGCAAACUCACGUAAUCUCGAACCAAGUUACGCCAAACGCGCACCAGUGAAAAAGUCUGAUCCUAAGAAUAUCGUGGACAUGAACGCUAACAAUAUACUCGAUAUAACCUCAAUACACACAACUGCUUUACAAAACUUCAUUAGAGAAAAGUUUGACGGUACUUGUUACUUUAACUGUUUGCGCGUAGCGAAUGGGUCCACUUUUAUGUGUAAAAUAACUAUUGUUAGACAAGCCCUUAUUCUGUUCGAAUAUCACGGAGAAUCAAUGCCAACGAAGCAAAACGCUAUUGUUGCUGCGUGCACAAAGAUGUAUCAACUCAUAGUUUCUACGUUCCAGGAUCUCGUGCUACGAGAAAAUGAGCACUAUUGCAUGGAACAAAAGCUAGGCAUUAAUCCUGUGGUUGGGUCGCCAGUCAGCUGGAAUAGGGAAAUACAUUAUAAUUAAAGAAAUUACUUUCGUUGAAUGAUUUUUAUAGUGAAACAUGCAAAGAUCAUUGAUAUUAUUUAUAACGUAGAGAUCCGAAAGCAUGAUGACAAAAGUAUUAAGAAAGUAUUCCAAAUGUAAAUUAACUUUUGCAUUUCUGACACAAAAUUGAGAUUUUAACGGUAAAUUUUUACAAUUGAAAUGAAUUUUAACCAAAUUUUCAAAAUAUAUUUGUACAAAAAGAUCGAUCGGAGUAUAUUUACAGUUUUAUUCAAUUAUGAUAUAAAGCGCAUUUUUAAUGGUCGUUUAAAAUACCGUGAAAUGUUGUGAAAAUUUUAAUUGUAAUAUCUAUCACAAAUGAAGUUGAACAAUAAGCAUAUUAUUUUAAAGUAAUCUACUAGAAGAUUGAAUUUAGAAAAUCUAGCAACUGCAGGUUCUCUACGUUAAAUAUAUAGUUUAAAUACAUAUUAAGUUAAUUUUACUCUGCCGGUACGAGUUAAACUAUAUACGUACUGCUCGUUAAAAAAUUAAUCGAAUAUGUGAUAAUAAUCUGUGAAAAUCAAUAAAAUUAUAUAUUAAUUGGUUCGAUUUUCAGAUUUAACGUAAUAAUUUUUUUAUUUUUAAAAUUGUACAGAAGCAUUAGUAAUGAUAACGAUGUAUUAUGUUUAGUUGUUUCCACAAUCAAUUCACAAAAUUGUAUCUACAUAAA